UGGCCCAAUGAUUCUUUUCGAAGUUUGCAGCAUCCAAUCGGAAGACCGGGAACUAAGCUACAAGACGUAAUCGAAGGCUUCCUCCGCGAGAUUCUCAAGAAAGUAGUCUCCACGGACGGAGGUCAAUCGCUGGUUUCCCUGGUCAGUGUGUCACUGCAGCUAGCGGUGGUGUCCCUCCGAGCUCACGAAGCCACACCUGUUCCUGGGACGGCGAGGUGAAGACCUGGGAGGCUUCGGGGUGAGCGUGCACACGUGCGGAUGGCGGCGGCGUAGAGAUUCGCAGAGUAACGCCGGGACGACGAGGAGGCGGGGCUGGCGAUUUGAAUCGGGCGGCGGGCCGCGGCCGGGUGGAGGGGAGGGUUCGGGUUUACGCCGGCUCUGGGGAUCCGAGCGUCGGCGGCGGGGGACGAGGUAGCCUCCCGCUGCUGGUUUGGCGGCAGACAGUUGCUUUCUCGAGCGAACCCUUCAGGACCAAAGAGCCGAGGUCUAGAGCGCACGACACUCAUCCGUGGAGCGUUCAAAAUAAACCCGACCGGAGGAGAGCGGAGCUGCGGGCGCGAGAGAUGGAUGCUAGUUCGAAAGACAGCGAGCCCCUUGAAACCAAGGAGUCUGCUUUUAACGCUGAAAAUACUUCUUUCAUGUUGGGAAAUGGGAAGCUUGUCACGCCUCAGAAGCACUCAGCUGAAGUGACUCCUAAUCGUUGUACAUCAGAUACUUUUAAAUCGCCUUUAAACUUUUCCACAGUAACUGUGGAGCAAUUGGGAAUUACCCCUGAAAGCUUUGUAAAGAACUCCUCAGGAAAGUCGUCAUCCUACCUUAAAAAAGCCAGACGACGCUCUACAGUUGGUGUUCGGGGCUCUCCUGAAACAAACCAUCUGAUUCGUUUCAUUGCCCAGCAGCGGAGUUUAAAGAAUGCUUCUUCAACCAGGAAUUCCCCUUUUCAGGGCAGCCCUGUUCUGUAUCGAAAUGUUCAUUCUUUAAGAGAGCAAAUAUCUGCCUUCCAGUCAGCAUUUCACUCCAUAAAGGAAAACGAGAAAAUGACCGACGGUUCUGAAUUCCCAGAGGAGGAAGGAGUGUUCAAGACCAUGGGCUCGACCAAGAAGGCAAGUCUUGGUGAGUGUCAGCUGUCCGAGUUCCCUGCGAAGCUGACAUCCAAGCGUCGGAGGUUGUCCUCUCUGAGGGGCUCGGAUGGGAAUCUUCCCGAGGAGCUUGGUCUCAGGAUACUCAACACUGCUGCCUUUCCCAACACAGAUGGAACGUGUGCUCUCGAAACUUCUGCAACUCUCUCUAAGAAGUCUUCUGAAUCUGGUUUAAUGCCACAGUCUGGAUGUUCAGUUGAAGAGUCCACUCUACUUUCAGAGCUCACAGAGGCUUCAAGUGGAAUCCAGAUUACUGACUCUGCCGAGGGCAAAGGAUCCAGUGAUGCCGUUUCAUUUGACAAAUUGACAGAAUUGAGCAGGGACAGGGCUCCCGACGCCAGAUCACUGGUGACCCUGCUGGGCCAGAGGGACAUUCCAUCCUCUGAGACCGUUGUACUUCGUUCUGUGCUGAAGAAACCCUCUGCUAAGCUGUGUCUAGAAAGCCUGCAGGAACACCGUGACAACCUCUGUGAUGAUGGGAUACUUCCAAGCUUAAUCUCAAAUCUUGCAAACUGUUGCAAAGAACAAGAAGAAGAAGGUCAAGAAAAUUGUAAAGUACCGGCCUUUCUAAAUAUGAGGAAAAGGAAGAGAGUUACUUUUGGAGAGGACCUGAGCCCUGAAGUGUUUGAUGAAUCUCUGCCAGCAAACACCCCAUUACGUAAGGGAGAAACACCUGUUCGUAAAAGGGAGUUACGUAGCCUUAGUCCCCUGCUACUCGACCAGUCACAAGUUCCUGAGCGGUUACCUCAACCAAAUUUUGAUGACAAGGGAGAGAAUCUCGAAAACAUAGAACCUCUUCAGGUAUCAUUUGCAGUUUUGAGUCCUCUUGGUAAAUCUUCCAUCUCAGAAGCUCUUUCAGGCACUGAUGCCUUUGCCUCUUCAAAUAACCACGAGAAAAUAGCCUCCCAUAAAGCUGGCAGAGCAACGCGGACCUCUAACAGAAGAAGCCAGUUGAUCAGUUUUUCAGGAGAGAGUGUUUGCAACUUAUUUAAUACAGAAGCUCAGCCUCGUAAAGAAAAGAAAAUCAAUAGGAGGAAGUCUCAAGAAAGCAAGAGCACAGAGAGAGCACUGCCUAGAAAGAAUCAGGUUUUGAAAGGUUGCAGAAAGAAGAAAGCCAAGGGAAAGAAGAAAAGUGUUCCAAAGUCUUUAUAUGGGGAAAGAGACAUUGCUUCUAAGAAGCCGCUCCUGAGUCCUAUUCCUGAGCUUCCCGAGGUCUCUGAGAUGACACCGUCUGUUCCAGGCAUCCCAAGGAUGUGCUCAGAUGAUUUCAACUCAAAUGGUGAACUUGAAGAAGUCAAGCUUCCUAAGGGGAAGAAUCUUUUGCCCCAGAAUCCAGAAGAUUUGCAGCUGAUUCAUGGCUUUAAUAAAUACAAUGGGUCUGAAUUCUGCUGCUCUUACAUGAAAUGUUCCUCAUCUCUUAUUAAUGCUCCUUUUGAUCAAGAUUCAAGUACAAAUGUUAUAGAAAUUGAUGAAAACAGAAGUAUUCCAAAAGCAGCAAUUAAAUUAGAAAGUGAAAAUGAACUAAAAAGUGAGACUGAGAGUGAAAACAGACAUAUUUCCUGUGCUUCUGUGACUGAAACACCCCCCAUUGUUUCAGAUAUUCCAAAACUUGAUUUUACCCUACAGUCUCAAGAACUUUCUACUGCUGGUCAAAAUGUGGAAAACCUCUUUCAGAUCUUUAAAAUUUCAGAGGAUAUAAACAGCAAGUGUGAAAAACAGGAUAGUUUCUCAGGCACUCCAGAAGGAAAACUGCAGAUCAAGUGUUUAAUGCCUGACUCACAGAAAGAAUGUGAUUAUUCAGAAGAUCUCUUAAUUGACAACAUAAAAGAAAGUACAACUCCAGGUGAGGAUGGGGGAGGAAGCUUCACUGAAUGUAGUAAAGGUGUGGGUUACAGAGAAAGGAAAUACAGAAGAUCCACCGUGGGUUGUUCUGAUGGGCAGUAUUCAUACCUGGAAAAAAUGAGAAAUCCCAAAGCUUCCUCUGGUGUGAGCAGCUCUGUGGGAAUUAGUUUAGAAAAUUCUGAACUGUAUAAAGAUUUAUCCGACGCCAUUGAGCAAACCUUCCAGAGAACAAAGAGUGAAACAAAAGUAAGACGCAGCACAAGGCUACAAAAAGGUUUGGAAAGUGAAGGGCUUGUGUGGAUUUCACUUCCACCGCCUCCGGCUUCCUGCACCUCCCAGAGAAGCAAGAGGAGAACAAUAGGUACGUUUGACAGCCGAGGGUUUGAGAGCCUGUCCUCCAGGCAGAACCCUUGCGAGCUUCCCACCACAUCAGGCCAAGAUAACCGCGAGGGCUUUGUUGCUGCUGCUGCUGCUGCUGCUGCUGCUCCUCCUGCUCCUGCCAGUUUGCCUGGGAGGAGGAGGAAGAGCUUUUGUACAUCCAUACUUGCAGAUACUAAAAACACCACCCAGUCAAAAGGCUACAAAAGAAGAACCUUUCUCCACCAGAAGGGAGAGAAAGCUCUCCAAGCGACUUCGAGAGAAUCGGACCAAUAGGAGACCGGAAGCAGUAACUGACAUUUCCUGCAGAACAGAACGUUUGGCGAGAGGGAGAGGGAAGGUAACCAACCAUCCAUGCCUGAAAGAUUCUUUCAUUCCAAUUCCCAUUCUUUGUUCAACCUCAGUGUUUUAAAAGUUUCAAAUAAAUCAUUUGAGUUGAACCUA